GGCAAGAAAUGGUGGUGCACCUGAUCUUGUCAACAAGGGUUUGAUCAGCUCAGAACAGAUUGUUUAGUAUGGCCACAGAGACCAAAUCCAGUGUGGUGAGGCUCAAACCCAGCUAUGGUGGGGAUGCUUCUGCAUCAUCAUCAUCAGUGAUCAAGAAGAGAUCUGUGGAGAUUGCUCCUCCUAAGCUCUCUGCUGAAGCAAAGGGUAAAGCAAUUGCCAAAACUGAGGUAAAUGCAAAAACAACCUCAAAUUCAUCGAAGGCUGUAACAAAAACUGUAACUAGAACCAGACAGAAGAAAGAUUAUUCUUUGCCAGGACAAAAAUUCGAUGUUCCUGAAGAGCGGGAGCCAUUGAGAUUGUUCUACGAGUCAUUGUCGAAGCAGAUUCCUUCGAGCCAAAUGGCAGAGUUUUGGUUGAUGGAACACGGGUUGUUGUCGCCCGAGAGGGCAAAAAGGGCAUUUGAAAAAAAACAUAGGAAGCAAAAGCAAGUCAAGACAGGAACUCCAACAAAACCUCCGCCGCGGCCAGUAACUCCAGCAAAGCCUCCAUCGCGGCCAUUACCUGUCGCGAGCUCAAAGAAACCUCAACAGGCCCAGAAAAAUGGUGAAACGAAUGCAAAUAAUAAUAAACGUGUAAAAAGCGAAAAGGACGAGGACGAUGAUGAUGAUGAUGAUGAUAAUGUUAUUCUGAGCCAAAGAAGGAGAAAAGGGUAAGAAAAUGUAAUCCUAAAAAGAAAUUUUAUAGUUCUUGAGAUUGUGUUGUGUUUAAUUGUGUUGUAACAUGAAACAAUAUAAGCAUCAAAUUCAUAGAAAAUGACACAAUAAAUGCAUAUUGUGAGCUGUUCAAAUUCAGCUAAAGGAUAACUUCCAUUAUGCAAUUUUAUACCUCAAGUCUUAAUCAAGAAUUAACUCAAUU